CCUAUAAAUAAGACUCUGUUCUGCUUUACCUUAGAUACAAGAAACAAGAAGAAGCCAUGGCUAAAGCUACAUCUUUCACAGCUGUCAUUUUGAUCUCGUCUAUUUUUCUUGCUCCUUACUUUUCUAUCUCAGAGGCACACAGCUAUGCUCCUAUAGUGAGUGGUCUCUCUUUGUCUUUCUACAAAUCUUCUUGUCCCAAAGUUGAAUCCAUUAUCAGAAAACAACUGAAGAAGGUCUUCAAGGACGACAUUGGCCAAGCUGCUGGCUUGCUCCGUCUUCAUUUCCAUGACUGCUUUGUUCAGGGAUGUGAUGCAUCGGUGCUGCUGGAUGGAUCAGCAAGUGGGCCAAGCGAGCAGGAUGCUCCCCCGAACCUGACCUUGAGAGCCAAGGCAUUCGAGAUCAUCAAUGACCUGCGUGAUCUUGUCGACGAGGAGUGUGGAAGAGUGGUCUCUUGUGCUGAUAUCGUUGCUAUUGCUGCUCGUGACUCUGUUUGCCUGUCAGGAGGCCCGGACUAUGAUGUGCCACUGGGAAGAAGAGAUGGACUGACUUUUGCCACAACAAAUGUAACAUUGGAGAACCUACCAUCACCCUCCAGCGAUGCCAGCACCAUCCUUGCCAGUCUCGCUACCAAAAAUUUUGACCCGACUGAUGUCGUAGCUCUCUCUGGUGGCCACACUAUUGGCCUUAGCCAUUGCCCCUCUUUCACCGACCGCCUUUAUCCUACUCAAGACCCUACCAUGGACAAAACCUUUGCCAAUAACCUCAAGGGAAUUUGUCCUACAGCAAAUUCAACAAACACCACAGUGUUAGAUAUAAGGAGCCCUGACAAAUUCGAUAAUAAAUAUUAUGUUGAUCUCAUGAACCGCCAGGGUCUAUUCACCUCGGACCAAGACUUGUACACUGAUAGCAGGACAAAGGACAUUGUUACUAGCUUUGCUAUUAACGAGACUCUCUUCUUUGAGAAGUUUGUGCAGGCAAUGAUAAAGAUGGGGCAGUUGGGUGCGUUGACUGGCAACAGCGGGGAAAUUCGUGCCAAUUGCUCUGUGAGGAAUACCGACAACAAGUCGUACUUGGUGUCAGUGGUGGAAGAGGAACAGCAGGAGCAGGAGGAAGCUUGGUCUGAGUUGUAAUUGACUUAAGUUCUUCAAUCCUGAACAUGUUAACUAUGUUUUUCGAUCGACUCCUUUCUUUUAUGUAUUUUUAUUGUUCCUGUUUUGUGUGUUUCCGAAGGAGGGUUGUUAGUAUAACUCCUUUAAUAAAAGUAUCUAACUUUGUUGAAAAUUUUCUUGACGGUCUUGCCUUCUAUUUAAUUGUU